AUGGGGGAAAACAAGAACAAGGAGACCUUUGUUCUUGAAUACAUGAGAAGAGCUUGUGAUGCUAUAAGCAAAGUUAUUAUUUUAUGUGAAAAAAGCGUAUCCCUGCAUGAAUCCGUCCAAACAAAACAAACAGAACCUCCACAGCCCCUUCUGGCUCAAAAGCUGGAGUUUCCCUGUGUCUCCCUGGCUCAGUUCCCAGCUGCACAGAGCCAGUGUCGGUGUUCCCUAAGCUCAGGCUGGAGGAGGCAGGGGUGGGUGUCCGGCCAGGACCGCGGCCGCAGCGGGGAUGCAGGGGGGGAGAGGCGGGACCGAUGGCAAGUGGUCGCCGUGGCAACAGGGAGGGGACCAGCGAGGGAAUAUCAAAUUGAUAUAUUUUUUGCCCAGACGUGGACAGACAGCCGUCUUCGCUUCAACAGCACCAUGAAAAUACUGACUCUGAACAGCAACAUGGUUGGCUUGAUCUGGAUCCCUGACACGAUAUUUCGUAACUCCAAGACGGCAGAGGCUCACUGGAUCACCACCCCCAACCAGCUCCUGCGCAUAUGGAAUGAUGGCAAGAUCUUGUACACCCUCAGGCUCACCAUCAAUGCUGAGUGCCAGCUGCAGCUGCACAACUUCCCCAUGGAUGAACACUCAUGUCCUCUGAUAUUCUCCAGCUAUGGCUAUCCUAAAGAGGAAAUGGUUUACAGAUGGAGGAAAAAUUCAGUGGAGGCUGCUGACCAGAAAUCAUGGAGACUCUAUCAGUUUGACUUUAUGGGUCUCAGAAAUACUUCAGAAAUUGUGAAAACCUCUGCAGGUGAUUAUGUAGUCAUGACUAUAUACUUCGACUUAAGUAGAAGAAUGGGAUACUUCACUAUACAAACAUACAUUCCCUGUAUAUUAACAGUUGUUCUUUCCUGGGUAUCCUUUUGGAUCAAAAAAGAUGCCACACCAGCAAGAACAGCACUAGGCAUCACCACAGUAUUGACCAUGACAACUUUGAGUACCAUUGCAAGAAAGUCAUUGCCCCGUGUUUCCUAUGUCACAGCCAUGGAUUUGUUUGUGACUGUAUGCUUUCUAUUUGUCUUUGCUGCUCUGAUGGAGUAUGCCACCCUCAACUACUACUCAAGUUGCAGGAAACCAAACUGUACUAAGAAGAAAAAGUCGCUACCUGAUGUAAGUUUUGGUCAUGUAAUGAAUUAUUCUGUACUUGAUAUGAGACCACCAACAACAGUCAUCACAUUGAACAAUGCCAUGUAUUGGCAAGAUUUUGAAGAUGCAUGUGUCUAUGAAUGUCUGGAUGGGAAAGACUGCCAGAGCUUUUUCUGUUGUUAUGAAGAGUGUAAAUCAGGCUCAUGGAGGAGAGGAAGGAUUCACAUAGACAUCUUAGAACUGGACUCUUACUCCAGGGUCUUUUUCCCUACAUCCUUCCUGCUGUUUAACCUGGUCUACUGGGUUGGAUACCUCUAUCUUUAAAUGUUGCCUGCAGCAGUGAAGACUGCUGCGUUUUCUCACAGAGGACGGAUGGUGAAAGUGCAGAAAAAGUGAAGGACACAGUUUCAUCUCAAAUUAUAAAGACCACAUUAACCUUCACCAUCACAGAGCCUGAUGAAGAAUUUU